AUGCGACAAAACAUUGGAGGUCGAGCUUCUGCAUCCUGUACAUACGCCAAUGCCGAUGUGCGGAGAGAAUGGCGUACACUUCCACGGGCAACACGGAAAGCCUUCACAGAUGCAGUGACCUGCCUGCAGAAAAUGAAACCUCGGAGAAUGACUGUCGGCCAAGCAAAAGCCUAUCCAGGCGUGAAGAGUCGGUACGAUGAGUAUGUUGCAACACACAUCAACUACACGUACAACAUUCACGACACAUCAGACUUCUUCGCCUGGCACAGAGGCUUCGUGCACUUCCUCGAGCAGGAUCUUCGCGAUUUAUGCGGCUAUCCUGGAGUCAUGCCAUACUGGAAUUGGUCGGAAGACGCCGAAGCACCCCAGAACAGCCCGCUCUUCUCUGGGGAUACUUACAGUAUGGGAAGCAACGGCAGAUUCGUUGCGGGAAGGACAGACACCUGGCUAGCACAACAGGACAUCGUUUAUCCUCCCGGAUUGGGCGGUGGCUGUGUUCAGAGAGGCCCUUUCACAAACUACACCGUCAAUUUGGGUCCUCUCUCAUUGCCAGGCAACAGGAAUGUCGCCAGCAUGUUCCAAUACAACCCUCGUUGCCUCGAACGCGACAUCAAUCCUUGGUUUUCGAAGAAAUUUACCACUUAUACGAAUCUGACAACCCUUAUGCUGGAGAACAUCUAUCUCGAAGACUUUCAAGACCUUGCGCAGGGCUAUGGGAGCGCCACCAACAAGUUUGGCGUCCACGGCGGUGGUCAUUGGCAGAUCGGAGGGUCGAUGAUGGACUUCAACUCUUCGCCGAGCGACCCCCUAAUGUGGCUAAUUUGGCAAUAUCUCGACAUCUGGAACCGCCAGUUCGCCAUCAGUGGUACGGCUACGUUGGGUUGUAAGUCACCGGACUGCCCGCAGAUGACGCUGGACGACAAAUUACCCUUUGGCUUCGUCGCGCCAGACCAAACGUUCAGGAGCUUGAUGGACACCAUGGCAGGGCCGUUGUGCUAUCGUUACGAGUAG